CCGCCCAUCACACACCCAGCACAGCAGCGCAGGAAACUUAUAACCUCGGGAGGCAGGGCCCUCCCCUCACUGUGGUCACAUACCUCCGGAGCAGCGGACGCAGCCGCCAGCUCCUGCCACUCGCCACUUGGAGCCCCGGAGUCGCUGGGACCCUCAGAACCCUCUUCCUCUUGAGUCAUCAAAAAGCCAAGAUGUUGGUAUUACUGGCGGGUAUCUUUGUGGUCCACAUCGCCACCGUAAUUAUGUUAUUUGUUUCCACCAUUGCCAAUGUUUGGGUGGUUUCGGAUUUUGGACAAGCCUCAGUAGGUCUUUGGAAAAACUGUACCAGUGGCAGCUGUGAGGAUGGCCUUUCGUACGGUGGUGAAGAUGCCCUCAAGGCAGUGCAGGCCUUCAUGAUCCUGUCCAUCAUCUUCUCCGUCAUCUCCCUCGUGGUCUUCGUGUUCCAGCUCUUCACCAUGGAGAAAGGAAACCGCUUCUUUCUCUCGGGGGCCACCAUGCUGGUGUGUUGGCUGUGCAUUCUGGUUGGGGUGUCCAUCUAUACUCACCACUACGCGGACGGCAGAGCAACGCAUUACCUGAAGAGCCACCACGGCUACUGCUUCAUCCUGACCUGGAUCUGCUUCUGCUUUAGCUUGAUCAUUGGUGUUCUCUACCUGGUGCUGAGGAAGAAAUAAGGCUGAGCAGAUUAUGGGGGCUGGGGGGGUGGUGGGGAGGAGGACGCCCUUGAAUCUGGGAGGGAAGCAGAAGUUUCUGUACAGGAAAAACCAAGAUGGGGGGUGGGGGACGUGAGGGUGGGGGAGGCUGGAACCUAAACUUUGACUGAGGAGGUCCUGUGCUGUCCAGCCCGUGUCCCUGGGAGGCCACAGUUGGCUCGCACCUGAUGCUCCCUUACUGCGGGCCAGAGAGCCUCUCCCCAGCCACCGGACGUGGCCUCCCAGCUGUUCUCAGUUACACGCACUGCCUGGAGCUCCAUCCGCUGCCUCCACGCUGGCUCCGCCUCUGAGGGUGACUUCCCGGUCUUGCACUGCAGUCCCCAGACCUCCUGCACCAAGUGAAAACAGUGGUACAAGUUCCAGCAAGAGCGGAUACUGUUUUCAUGCUGAAUAUGUAAGCCUGGGAGCCAUCCUGCCCUUCUGACCCAAAGCAAAACAUCACAUUCCAGCCUGAAGGGCCCACAGGAGGGCUUUGGCCAGAGGACCACUAUCCGUCUUUAGAACAGAUAUUUAGCUCUGUGGAAUUCAGUGGUAUUUGUGACAAAAUGGGAGGAAGAGAUAUAAGGCCAGCUUGGUGGGUUAGCUAAACCAAGAAAGGGAGCUUUUCACAGUGGGAGGCCUGGGGGAUGGUCAGACGCCCCAGCAGACCUCACACAGCUGCCUUUCAUGGAGGCCUCUUGCCAUGGAGGGCGCUAGGCCCGCUGCUUAAAGCCAAGGCAGCUCUCCUGAAGCUUCCAUAGAGCCGCUAACUACCAAUUCAGUGGUGAAAGCGCCACACCAAUUAUGGUAUCAAGGGGCAGCCUUCUAACAGUGCUGUAUUAGGGUUGUGUUUUUAGGAUCCCCUCCCCAUGCAGUCAAUGUCUCUCUUAAGUAUAAAACAGGAGAGAGACGGAUAUGGCGCCUUGUAACAUAACCUGUUACUCACCUUCUAAAUUACAAACUUUGAGGAAGUUUUUUUCUAAUUAUCCACAUGGGGGAUCAAUGCCCCAAGGCUUGGUGGUCGCUCUAGCUUUGACACUGGCUGGCAUGGCCCCCUUUCAGAGGCCCUGCCUAUCCUGCUCACAGGCAAGGCAGACAAUUCUGGAAGCUUAUUAAAUCACACACAAACCAAAACCACACAACAGAUCCUUGGGGAAAGGUGCUACGUAAUGGUAAAGUAUUACAAAUACUAGAUUUCAAUCAUAGUAAGAACAGAGUGCCUACACUCCCCGGAAAGUAAGAAAAUUCCCAUGAGAUAAGUAAAAAUAUUGGUGAUGGGCAGGCAUUUUCUUUAGGGAAAGAAAAAAGCAAAAAACUCUUGUAGUACCCAAUCAGACGGCAAGUGAGCUGUCUGUUGCCCCGGGAGCAUUUCUAUGUAGGACUAAGCAGUAGUGUGUUAUUCCUGCUUAAGCAGGCAUUGCUUUGGCCUGGAGCAGCUAUUUUAAGGCAUCUCAGAUUCUGUCUAAAGAGGUUGUUUUGGGAAAACAUUUCCUUUAUCACCCUGAGAAGAAGAUCUACCCCAGAGAGCAUCUGAGACAUCUUGCCUACUUCCUUCUCCCUGUUCCCCUCUCAUCCCAUUUCUUAGAUACUUUUCCUUUUUGGGGAGUUGUUAGGCCAUGAUUGUUGGUAUUUAUGUAAAAGGACUAUUACUAAGUAUAUUUCUCUGUGUUAAUUCUGGUUAAGGGAAUGUUGAGGGUGGGCCACCAAAUUAGCUGGGCUGGGGCUAGAGAGAUGGCAAGCAGAAACUGUGGGAUGAUGAACUUUUUAAUUAUGAUAUAAUUAUCACAUGUAUAGAAGGCUGUAUUAUGCAGAAGCGUACUUACAUAUCAGAUAUAUCUCCAAAAGCCAUAGUCGCAUUAUGUUGAAAAGUCUAACUAUGACGGAGUGAACCAUGUAUUCCCUUGCCUCUGACUUUGUUUCUGUGACAUUUUUGUCCCGUGUAACUUGCAUUACUUUGGUGGGUUGUCCUCGUACUGUAUUUGGCUCCCUCUUUAAUAGUUUGGUAUUUCAUAUACUAUAAUUGUAAAUAUUUUGAUACAAAUGUUUAUAACUCUAGGGAUAUAAAAACAGAUUCUGAUGCCUG